GGUUGAGCCAUUCAGAAUAUCCGCUGCUUUUGCUUCGAAAGGUGUGCAAGUUCCGUUCGGUUCAAAUUGAUUUUCUCAGGUGAUUUUGUAUUCCAGGUUACUGAAAACUCUCAUCAGGAUGACUGACUCAAAGAGCAACCUUUUGAAACUGUUCGACAGGCCAAAAGAACCGGUGUUCAUGCCGAAAGGAGAUAACAAUGCUGUUUUCGACGUACCCAACAACUAUUUGCCCGAGAACUACAAACCGCUGGGGAUGCAGAUAACAAGCCGGUUCGGAGAGAGCGCAACAGAGAAAAUUCCAGUGACGCCGAUAACAAUCCCGCCACUUGGAGAAAUCCUGGAUCUGGCGAGAGACGAGAAUUUCUCCCUCUUCAUACCAAAGCACAGGAAAAUUGCUGGAAGGCUCAUUGACAUCUAUUUGGGAAUGCGUACUGUGGACGACCUCCUCUCCGUGGCGGUCUAUACAAGAGACCGCGUGAACCCGUACCUUUUCAACUAUGCAUUGUCCGUAGCACUGCUUCACAGGCCCGACACCCAAGACCUCGAUCUUCCCAGCUUCAUCAGGACUUUUCCUGACAAGUACCUCGACAGCAAAGUCUUCGGCAAGGCCAGGGAGAACGCGAACAUCGUCCCUGAGAACGCUAGGCAGGAGCCCAUAGAAAUUCCGAAAGACUACACGGCGUCAGAUCUAGAGGAAGAACAUCGUUUGGCCUACUUUAGAGAAGAUAUUGGUAUCAAUCUGCAUCACUGGCAUUGGCAUCUGGUUUAUCCGUUUGAAGCUGACAUUUCCGUUGUCAGGAAGGACAGACGAGGAGAACUGUUCUAUUACAUGCACCAGCAGAUCAUCGCGAGAUACAAUUUCGAACGUUUGAGCCACAGACUGAAACGCGUAGAACGUUUCAUCGAAUGGCGUGCACCCAUCAAGGAGGCCUACUUUCCGAAACUGGACAGUCUGGUGGCCAGCAGGCCGUGGCCCGCGAGAGUGGCCAAUCAGAAGAUCAGCAACUUGAAGAGGGAGUUGGACCAAGUGAAGUUGGACGUGGAUGAGCUGGAAAGGUGGAGGGACAGGAUUUUCGCUGCAAUCAGCGCUGGCGAAGUUAGGGGGGCGGAUGGUAAAAUGGUAACACUGUCCGAAUUCGAAGGUAUCGACGUCUUAGGAAACAUGAUUGAAUCCAGCAUUCUGUCACCAAACCGAGCUUUCUAUGGUGACAUGCACAACAUGGGACACGUCUUUAUAUCAUACAUCCAUGACCCAGAUCACAGACAUCUGGAAUCUUUCGGUGUCAUGGGUGAUUCUGCAACGGCCAUGAGAGAUCCAGUCUUCUACAGAUGGCACGCCUAUAUUGACAGUAUCUUCCAGCAAUUCAAAGACACGCUUCCCAGAUAUCGUGAAAAUCAGCUUAACUACCCAGGUAUGACGGUGGAAGACAUCUCCAUAGAAGGUGGUUCCAAAAACCAGAUCCAGACGUUCUGGCAACAAUCUGACGUCGACCUUUCCAGAGGCAUGGAUUUCCAGCCUCGCGGCGCCGUCUUCAUCAGGUUCACGCAUCUGCAGCACCGUCCGUUCACCUACAAAAUUGUUGUCAACAAUACCGGCAACGGGAACAAAAUGGGGACUUGCAGAAUUUUCUUGGCGCCCAAGUUUGACGAGAGGGGCAAUCCAUGGCUUUUCAGGGAUCAAAAGAAUCUAUUUAUUGAAAUGGAUAAAUUCAUGGUAUCAUUGAAGCAAGGUCGUAACACCAUAACCAGGUCGUCAUCCCAGUCCUCAGUGACGAUUCCAUUCGAGAGGACUUUCCGUGAUCUGGACGCCAAUAGACCGACAGGCCGUGACUCGUUGGCGCAGUUCAACUUCUGCGGUUGCGGAUGGCCAGCGCACAUGCUGGUGCCGAUGGGAAAUGCGGAGGGCAUGAAGUGCCAGCUCUUCGUCAUGAUCAGCGAUUACCAGAACGAUAGGGUUGACCAAAGCGUGGAAGGCAUCUGCAACGACGCAUACAGUUUCUGCGGUAUCAAAGAUCGCAAAUACCCUGACGCCAGAUCCAUGGGGUACCCCUUCGACAGACAACCUCGCGACGGCGUCGACACCCUGCAACAGUUCCUCACUCCCAACAUGAGAGUACAAGAUUGCACCAUCACUUUCAGCAACAGGGUCUUCCGAAGAGACCAACAGAAAACCCAGUAAUGAUGAACCUAUAAGUGCUUUGAUAGUGGAGAUGAUUUGUAACGUAAAGGCUUCGAUGCAAUGUAUUCAAUAAAAAUGUUUCAAUUUAAA